CAUCCAAGGAAGGGAGAGAAACUCUGAAAAUACUCCAUUUCCUCAUCCUUUCACGCACCAAGAACAAAGGAGGAAGAAGGAGGGGAAAAGAGAAGAGAAAAGGUUGUUUUGGAGAGGAAAACUUGUGUUUAGCAAGGUAUUCAAGGAACUUUCACGGAGUUGAAAAGGUCACCGGAGUUGUCGCCGGAGUUCGUCGAAGUUCGCCGGAGUUUCGCCGGAGCUAAAUCGGGAAGGCUAGAACCUCAUAAGCUUCAUUAAGGUUGAGGCUAGAGUCCUACUACCUGCACCUUUGCCUAGGGUGAUUGACCAAGAAGGAAGACGUGAAAUGGAGGGUGGACGCAGGAUAACUAGAAGGAACCCGACAGGGCAUGUGCCGGGGGCCACCGGGCAUGCCACUCGGGCGGAAUCACAGACCUCUAGGGGUAGAGGCCGGGGCCAAAGCCGAGGAGGAGGACGAGGCAGGGGUCGUGGGCGUUCUACCACGCCGACGACAAGUAGCACACGCGUCGGUUCCGUGCACCCGUCAUGGGCCACCGAACCGGACGACUUCACCUAUGCUCCAAGCACGGAGCAAGAGGAGACCUCGUACAACGGGGAGGACUUUGAGGAAGAAGAUGAGGAUGAUGAUCCUCAUUAUGACCGUAUGAGUGAGGUACUGGAAUGGUACCUUGAGAAUAAAGCAAAUAGAGAGCAGCGACGCCAAGCUAGACAGGCUAGGCAAACCAUGGGGUAGGGAAGCCGAGGUGCUUCUAAUGCUCCAUCGGGGGCAUUUGGGGGAGACACGAUGGUGCGUAUCUCCAAGUAUCUCAAGGAGGCCAGGGCCUUGGGGUGCAAAUCAUUUGAUGGCAAGGGCGACAUAUCUGAGGCCGCCGACUGGAUUAAGAAGCUGAAUGAUGCUUCUAGGGAUAUGCAAAUUGGACUCGACGUGAAGUUGAGGGUUACCACCAGGCUACUAUAAGGGGUAGCUGCGGUAUGGUGGGAAGGCGCGGAAGGAAAGUUCCACGGUGAGGCCACUUGGGAGAAAUUCGAAGUGGAGUUUUAUAAUCAGCACUACUCAACUUUUGAAGUCAAUCUCAAAAGGAGAGAGAGAGUACACAAACCUGAAACAGGAGGAUGGUUGCUCGGUGAGGCAAUUGGAACAAAGGUUCCGUGACUUGGCCCGAUUCAUCCCAGAAUACUCUAUGGAUGAAAAUCGUAUGGCCAAUCAUUUUUGGGAUGCUCUACAGUUGGACAUCCGCGACCGGGCUACUUACCAUCACAACAUGACAUUUAGCCAGAUUGUCGAUCAGGGGCUCCUUGGGGAAGCCCAAUGGAACGAGAGGAAGUUGAGGGACGCCGAGGAGGCAAAGAAGAGAAGAUGGGGAAACUCGGGACCCCAAGACCACUCCCAGAAGCAUCACGCUGGGGGUGGCAAUUCAUUCAGGGCGCCGGCACCACCGGCGAAAAGGAAUAAAGGCUCAGGAGGGCAAGGGGCCAAACCAGGGAGUACGUGGCCACCAAGGUGCGCGAACUGCGGUAAGAACCACGGGGGAAGGUGCAAUGAACCACCCCGGUGCUUCAAAUGCGGUAGCACAAGUCACCUCAAACCCUCUUGUCCAAUGCUGAACGGAGGAGGACCAUCGGGAGCCAUGGGAGGACCUACGACUAUGUAGGUACGUACGUACGUACGUCUGUGUGUGUGUG